AUGGGAAAAGGGGGCAAGAGCCGGUCUCUUGGCAAAAAACCAAGCCCUAAAGACAACAUGGACAGACAAACAAAGGAUAAUUCUCCCUCGGGGCCUCGGACCCCUGAGGAACGGCGCGAGGAGGGCUCUUGUCCCUACCCUCCCGCGUCGACAUCAAGCGCAGGGAGUGGGGCGGGGGGGACCACGACCCCCUCGCUCAGGCCAGCGAUCGUGAAGAUGGAGAGAGUCAACAUUGAUGUGGAAAAGCUACGCAAGAGUGGCAAUAAACCGACGAAGGCCUCAGUUGAGCACGACAAAGAGGAAACUGACGAGGGUCAUUUUGAGAAACCGGCGGAAGUGCCGGCGAUGGGUAAGAAACCUAAGGCUGCCAGCAGGUCGGGCUCCCCGGACUUGGAGUACGUUGGAACGAUGGAGGUGGACCCGUCGUCCAGGCCAAGUACCCCGCGGAGCAGUGACCUGGAAUUUGUGUCAUAUACGUCUGCUUCUAGGCCGAGGAGGAACUCGGAGUCCUCGAGGGCAUCGGCUAAAAAGAGGAAAAUGGGAUCGUCACCUGAGGACGCUGACGAGAACAGGCAAUUCCCGGGAAGGUUUACCGAUGCACAAAAGCAAGCGGUGGAGGAUCUGAUUGAUCAAAUGGAGGAGCUCUCGUCGACCGAUAUGGCGGCGUUAGCCACAGAAUGGUUGGAGGAGGUGGAGAGCUGCAGAAGUAAGUCAGCGAAUAUCAAGGGAUCAUUCGCUCGCACAAUGAAGGUUAAAACUGCUGCGGCCUCUGAAGCGAUCAAGGUGCUCGCUAUGAGGGCAUCCAUGGAGGGCGACUCGGGAUACAUGCGAUCAAAGAUCCUGGAGCUGCAAAGAGAAAUGAGGGAAGUCAAGGAAGAAAACCAGCAACUUAGAUUGCAAGUGCAGGAGCUACGAAGCGGAGUCCAGCCUCUUGGGGAUGCUGUGAUGUCGGCGGAUGGGCUCGGGACACGAGGAUCUCCUGGACCUUCCGUAGAGUUCUACAGCCCAAUGGCGGAUUUCUCCCAGAUGAUGGAUGAUAAGUCAAUGGCAAACACGCGGAGAACCCCAUCGAGGGCGAGGAACUCCCCUCCGGCUGUUGCGAAGUAUUCUCCUGGAGAGGACUUCUUCGCUAAACUCACGAAGGCCAUUAGUGGGGCGGUAGCGGGGGCCCUUAAAGAGCACCUACCCGACACCCGCAGGAGUAGGCCCAGGCCCGAUCUGGGCCCGCGCCGAAUCCUUGACAGACCUGGACCGGCGGAGGGUCGGCCCUCCUCGUCUGUAAUGACGGAGUCGCAAACAGAGGACGAUGGCUUUGUUCGCCCUCCCGCCUCUAGAAAUAGGACAAAGAAUAAAUCGCGAGUUGCGCGAGAAUUGAUCAAGAAGGGAACUGAACACCCGAAUGACGGGGAGGGAAUAGCGGACCUCCUACCCCUGCCAAGAGGUGAUGGAGGAGCGAGGCCGAGGGACCUGGCUCCCCCAGUAAGAAUGCCCCCUGCGACUGUCCGUAGGCGCGCUCCACAGUCUGCGGCUGUGGCCAUGUCCUUCCCGGAGGGCAUGAAGUUCGCAGACGUGGUUAAAAAGGCCCGAGAUAGCGUGAGCCUGGAAGAGCUGGGUAUUGAGCACACAAGACUCCGAGCUACGAUGUCUGGGGCGGUGCUUGUAGAAAUCCCUGGGAGGGAUAUGUCCCCAAAGGCGGAUACCCUUGCGGCUAGAUUAAGGGAAACAUUCCGGGACUCUGGCGUUAGAAUAUCGAGACCUUCACUGAGAGGUGAACUUAGACUAUCCGGGCUGGAUGCAUCGAUUGGUCCGACUGAACUCAGGACGGCGAUGGCAGUGACGGGCAGAUGUGCUGAGGAGGACAUUCGUCUUGGUCAAACGAGAUCAACAAGAAAUGGCCUUCGUACGAUAUGGACCCAGUGUCCGCUAGACACAGCAAUGAGACUGGCCGAAGAGGGAAAACUGCGAGUAGGGUGGUCUACAGCCAAAGUAGACUUACUUAAAAAACGCCCUAUUCAAUGCUUUAAGUGCAUGGCAGCCGGACACGUUAGAGAGAGGUGUCCGAGCGAGGUCGAUCGUUCCUCGUGCUGUUUCAAUUGUGGUGAGGACGGACACCUGGCAAGAGACUGCGGCAGGCCUUCGAGCUGCCCAAUCUGUAAGGAGGCAGGACGCAGAUACGACCACAGGGCUGGGUCAGACGUCUGCCCACCCUGCCCCCCGAGAAGAGGAGCUAGUUUAAGCCCGAAACCCCAACGGAAGAUGGCCGAUCGGAGCAAUGCGGCUGUUUCGAGUCAGCCAGGAUAG